AUGGCACAAAUUGAUGCAUCAGUUAUUAGUACUGUUAAUGGUACUAGAAUAAAACCAAAUAUUGAUUUUAUUAAACGAAAUAAAAGAGUUGAAAUGUUUUCUUCACUUCUCAAGAAAGCUAGCACUUGCCCUAACUUUGAUAUCAAUGCCACUACAAAUGAUGUUAAUGAAGGACACACGUUAGUACAUCAUGCUGCAUGGAAUGGUAACUUUGAUUUAGUUCAGUAUCUUAUUACUGAACAAGGUUUGUCUCCUACUGCAGUUGAUAAGGAUUACAAGUGUAGUCUGAGCCUAACAGAUAACAAAGGUUGGAAUGCUAUUCAUUUUUCAUCAUUUAAAGGUCACACUCACUUUAUCAAACAUAUCACCAGUCAGUAUCCUCAAUACAUUAGUUUACUACACUCUACUAACAAUGAGGGUAACAUACCAUUGCAUUUAGCCUGUGAGAGUGGUAAUAUUCAAUUGGUCACAUUUCUAAUAAAUGAUAUGAAAUGUGAUGUCAAUGCUAAGGAUACACAUGAUCAAACAUGUGUCAUGUAUGCCUGUUUCUCAGGUAAUCUUGAUCUAGUACAAUUACUAAUACAACAGUAUAAGCUUGAGCCUAUCAAUAUUAAUAACACUGGUUUCUCAGUAUUACAUGCAGCAGCACAGACUGGCCAUACUCAUAUACUGGAAUGGUACAGUCAGGAGUAUAGUGUGGAUAUUACUAAUUACACUGACAAUAACAAGUACACACUAGCUCAUUAUGCUGCUUAUAAAGGUAAGCUACAUUGUCUACAGGAACUGAUCAACAAGUAUCAGUGUGAUGUUAAUGCCACUAACACUGAUGAUGGUAGCAUAGUUCUUCAUAAGGCAUGUGAAAGAGGCCAUGUUCCUGUUGUACUUUAUCUCACUAGUCUUCCUCAGUUAGAGAAUCAUCAGUUAGAUCUGUGUGCUGUGAAUGAUAAGGGAAUGGCUCCUAUUCACUUAGCAUGUGGUAAUGGAAGAUUGAACUUGAUCCAGUACAUUAUAGAACACAUACCAUCAUCACUUGAACUACCUCACAGUAAGCAUGGUCAUACUCCAUUCCUUGCUGCAGUGUACUUCAAUCAGUUAGAAGUUAUUAAAUAUCUUAUUAGUAAGAAGUGUAAUCUAUCAGCUACUGAUGUUAUAGGGUCUGGAGCAGUUCACAUAUCAGUAUGGAGGGGUCACUUGAAUGUAUUAAAGUAUCUCAUUGUUGAUAAUAAUUAUUGUAAUCCUAAUGCAACUGAUCAUAAAGGCUGUACACCACUACAUGUUGCUGUAGCAGAUAAUAAAUAUGAAAUAUUAGAAUAUUUACUGAGUAAGAGUAUACCCUCAAUGAGUGUUGUCUGGUUACCCUGUCAACGUGAACGACAGAAUAUGGUAUCACUAUUACUAAAAGCCAGUCUGUCUAACAAUAACUUAUUAAUUACUAACAAGAAAGGACAGACACCAUUACACUUAGCAGCUGCCUCUGGUCAUAAGGAUACCGCUGAAGCUUUACUGUUCUCAGUCACUGGUAGUUCUACUCAUCAUGAUCUCCUUACAGCUACUGAUGAUGAAGGAUCCACUGUAUUACAUACAGCUUGCAGUAAUGGCCAUAUUGAUGUGUUUCGUUAUUUAUCCA